GACAUUUAAAUUCACUAAACCCUUCUGGACUGCCGCCACAUGAAUUGACGACGGAAUCGAAACUAUGUUGUUAGCUCCACCACUUUGAAAGGAUGCAACUAAAGUGCACGCGAUCACUGUCAAGAUAUGGAUAUAGAAUUUGAUUUCCCUGAUUUUUCUCGCAAUGAUUUCGGCAUUGAUAAUGACGCCCUGGACUUCAACAACCUGGACCAGCUCAUGCAGGUUGCCACAGGUGUUGGCGCACUUGAUGACAAUGCCCAGCACAGCAAUAGCGAUGGGCUCGCCAUGGAUUCUGGACUGGGGGCUCUGUGUAGCACGAAACUGGAGUCGCCACAUACGCCGCCAAUGAGCGGCCUGGACGCACAGCUGGCUGGUGUGUCGGGCUCGGGGCGCGUAAGUUUGUCCAGCACACCAAUUGCCACGCCCCAAAUACAUGCGCAGCUGCCGGAAAGCCCGCCAGACUCAGGCUCAGAGCCGGCCUACAGUCCGCUGGGCGAUGCUCACGGUCUGGUACUUGCCACACGCGACCUCUACCAAGGCUUAGCGCCCAUGCAGUCGCAGCAGCAGCAGCAGCAGCAGCACCAACAACAGCAGCAUGCGGGGGGAAUCAUGCAACUGCAAUACACACCGCCCCAUCAGCAACAGGCCACCAACCAUCAGUACACGCCCCACAUGCACCCGCCGCAGGACGUCAGGGUGAAGCAUGAAGACAGCGUGCUAAUGAAUUCCAACAGCUUGCUGCAGCAGCAGCAACAGUCGCAGCUGAACGAGCAACAACUGCUGCAGUCGCAUCAGCAUCAGCAACAUCAACAGCAACAGCAACAGUUGCAGGAUAGCCAGCAAAAUGUGCAUGAACAGCUGCUAUAUACGACGCCAGGGCAGCUGCAGUAUGAGAGCGGGCUCUAUGGGACGGGAAGCUACCAGAACUUGUCCAGCAUCUUCGGCGAACAGACGGCCACCUGCAUGCUCACGUCGUCACUGGGCGAGCGUGUGCAGGUGAUUGGGACCAGUCAGGUCUCGCUUAACCGCAGCUCGGCACCGUCUACGCCGGUCCAUUCAUCGUCACGUAAGCGAAAGAUGUCCACGCAGCUGGACUGUCCAGAAUUCGCACCCAGCAUCAAGCACGAUCCGGGCCUGAUAAUGAGCCCGUUGCGUGCCUCGCAUCACUCCCUUUCCGAUCUGAGUAAAACACCCGCACACUCACACUCCUCGGCUUCCGCGUCUCCGGCUCUGUCCACAGUGAACUCCCAGGCGGACAACAGUUUGGAUGGCCACGCCAGCAGCUCCACCACAGCUGUCAAUUUGGGAUCUGGCAGCAGCGAGGCGGGCGAUGCCGCGCAGCCACAGUGCAUCAGCUUCAGCCCGUUUCAGCCGGAGAAUUGGCAUAAGCUUUGCGAUCAAAACCUGCAAGAGUUGUCUGUCAGCUUCUAUCGAGUUGACGCCGACAAGGGAUUUAACUUCUCCGUCUCAGACGAAGCGUACGUGUGCCAGAAGAAGAAUCACUUUCAAGUCACUUGCCAUGCACGCCUGCAGGGCGAUGCCAAAUUUGUAAAAACACCGUCCGGCCUGGAGAAAAUCAAAUCCUUCCACUUGCAUUUCUAUGGCGUCAAAUUCGAGGCGCCCAAUCAAACGAUUCGCGUGGAGCAGAGCCAGUCGGAUCGCUCGAAAAAGCCAUUCUAUCCCGUACCUAUCGAUCUCCAGAGCCACAUUGUCAGUAAAAUCACAGUCGGCCGGCUGCAUUUCUCCGAGACAACUCAGAACAACAUGCGCAAGAAAGGACGCCCCAAUCCCGAGCAGCGAUUCUUUCAGCUUGUAGUGGGCCUCCACGUGCACACGACCUCGGGCAAUUUUCCCGUCAUUAGCCACGGCAGUGAGCGCAUCAUUGUACGUGCCUCCAAUCCCGGCCAGUUCGAGUCUGAUGUGGAUCUGUGCUGGCAACGAGGCCUAAACGACUCCAUAUUCCACAGCGGCCGCGUGGGCAUAAACACAGACCGUCCAGACGAGAGCCUGGUGGUCCAUGGCAAUCUGAAGGUAUCGGGCCACAUUGUCCAGCCGAGCGAUAGUCGUGCCAAGCGCGAGAUCGGUGAACUGGACACCUCAGUUCAGCUGCGCAACCUGCUGAAGAUCCGCAUUGUGCGCUAUCGCUACGAGCCGGAGUUUGCGAUUCAUUCGGGCCUUCGGCGCGUCAGUGACUGCGAAGAUAUCGUGGACACGGGCGUUAUAGCACAGGAGGUGCGCGAGGUUAUUCCCGAUGCGGUGCAAGAGGCUGGCAGCGUUGUCCUGCCGAACGGCAACGUCAUCGAGAACUUCUUGCUUGUCAACAAGGAUCGCAUUUUAAUGGAGAACAUUGGCGCCGUAAAGGAGCUGUGCAAGGUGACCGGCGUGCUAGAGACACGCAUCGAGCACUUGGAACGUGCCAAUACCUAUAAACCACAGGCGAAGCCUCUGGAGCUCGAUCCAUGCAGCCUAUUGACAGAACGCAUGCGUCGCACAAACACCCGACGCGAUGGCUAUGAGAUUUGCUCGAGCCGCACGCUUCAGAUUGUCAUAUUUCUGCUGAUCAUAGUUAUGGCCGCUUGUCUGGCGGCUGUAUCCACACUCUAUUUCGUUGAGCACAACAAACAGCAACAAUUGGAGAGCUACCAGAUUUUCGGAAAUGCCCAUAAUCGCCCGGAUGUACCUCUCUACAUGAGCGACGAGGAUCGCAACUAUCUGCAGCACAAUCUGCAAACCAUUUUCAAAAACAAGUCCUAUGUGGCCUGGCCCAGUUUAAUGUACGCCGCCAGCACAUCCCGGCCGCCCUCGGUACGGAACGUAAGUCGCCCCCGCGAUGAGGAGGAUACCAACGACGAGUUGGCCGUGGUUAUGUCGAAGCAGCAGGUGGCCCUACUGAGCGCCAAGCACAUACGCAUCACAACGACAGCCCCGCGGAUCAACAAGACGAUCAGCAGUAAGAACAAGGCCAAGUGGCCAUUGCCGCAGGAGGUGCUGCGGGCCACGCAGGGUUCUCAGAAGUUGGUGCAGGGGGUGCAAGGAGUGCGGGCAUUGCAGCUGUCGGCGGAGUUGCUGCCACAGGCGCAAAAUAGCAAUAACGGCAGUGAUACCUCGGCUGAGAAGUCCGAGGCUAUUCCCGUGCCGCAGGACUUCGAGAACAACUCCAUUGACAUAGAUGCCCAGCACUUGAGCAAGAAUCUGGGCUCCCCCAAAGCAGCUGGAGUUCGGGGCUCCGCAGUUGCAGCUGCGGUCGCUGAGCUGGCGACGGGGCAGGACAACGUCGCUCUACAGCAAUCCGAGCCCAAGGAACACAUUGUUGUAGUGGACACCAUCGCCAGCACAGCGAGCAGCAACCGCAUACACGUACCCAACACGACAGCAGCCGCUGGUCAAGCUAUUCGCAAGCUAAACACUGGUGAUGCGGUUAUCUACAAUGUAUACAAGACGGUAUCGCCGCCAACUGCUAACCUAGCUCUGACCACCAACAAAGUCAACACCGAGCCGUCCCAGACUCAGGUGGCUCUCGAAGUGCCGCCCACAACGGUGCGCAACAGCAGUGGUGGUCAUGAUAAUGCCGAUGCGCUCGAUCUGCAGAAUCUUAGCAACACCAACGAGUCCGUGGACAACCCCAUCACAGCCGUGUUUGGCUUUGUGUAUACCGAUGUGCGCGACUCGAGCGUGGGCCGACGCUCAGCCAAUCCCCAUAGUCAGGAGUGGAUCAAGCACAAGACCAUCAAGGCGCAGAUGUUUGGGGAGCCGCCCGAGUGCAAUGGUGAUGAGACAGUCGGCGAAAAGUGUCUGUCAACCUGUUUUGAAGAGCUUCAGCAGACACAUUCAGAUACAGUGGACGCCAAUGUAAAGCAAUCGCAGCCACUGCAGCAAAAUGCUGAUGAUGAGUUGCAGUCUGCUGAGCAGGAUCAGGAAUCAGAGCUUGAACCGUUGGUAGUGCAGGCAAUGCCAGCAAAUAAAACACUAGCAACGAAACGUGCGCAUCAUGGAAAAAGUUCCCACGCAACCGAAGCUCAAGCGAAACAAAACUCUGCUGAGACGGAUCUAUCAACAGCACCAAUUGACACACUGGAAACCGACGGCUCCCAUUCUAUCGAACACUUGGAAUUGGUGACCAGAAUUGUGAGCGAUUCGCAUGCUAAAGAAGAGCCAGAGGAUCCAUCUAUUCAGUCACAAUUAGAUUGCUGGACGGUUACCAGUUGUGUGCUGGCCGCUGAAUACAACCGCACAAUAGAUGUGGAGCAAUAUUGUCCCAGCACCGGCACCUCACUCAAUGCAUCCUACAUAGUGCCCGUGUCACGUUACCUUCAGGCCAGCAACAUUGAAGUGCAUCUAAGUUCCAACAAGCCACUACAAUGGUCCAUCUGCAGCGAUGCAGAUACUGGAGAUCAAGACAAAGCUGGUGCACAGGUAAAUGAGGAUGAUGUGGCCCGACCCGUCCAAUCGGUCAAGAUUAUCAAGCAGCUGGGAAACAACAAGCUAAUACUAGCUCUGGACAUACCCAGUCGUGGCUACUUUGUGCGAGAUUUUAUGCUACGCGCAAGCCAUGAUUUAGAACAGCAAAAACUAUGCGAUGACAACGCACAUGUGGCUAUACUCCAGUACAAUUUUAGCAUCGUAAGAGAUUGUGAUUAGUUAACAAUUUAAUUUAUGGAUUCACGGAUCUGAUGUCAACGCAUUCGACGCCUACGCAUGAAAGAGGACCCAACAGAUUCAAAAUCGGCGAAGCACUAAAUUUAAUAUCAAAAAACUACAUAUUUAAACUAGGAUAAAUUGUAAAGAAUUCGGGAAUCAAAAACUGCUUUAGAAUAAAUGAGAGGGAAACUGAAAACUCA